AUGGUCGUCAAUAACGUCCCUGAUGAGAGUCUCGCUCCUGAGCUCAUCGGGGUACCUCGACCCAAGCAGCGCCGGGCUACUGCCAAGAGGGUGCCAAAGCAACAGGGCCCCAAGCGUGUCCCCAACGGCGUCGGCAAACCGCCUAAGCGCCUCUCUGCAAACCAGCAGCAGAGGCAAUGGGACCGGGAGAGGAUGGCGGAGUUGAGACAACAGCGAGAUGAUCGGGCAGCUGCUGAAGCGGCUGCUACGAUGGCUAGUGGGACAACGGCUACCCAGCCUGGCCAACUUUAUGGCCAGAAUCAAUUUUGUAAAAAUUGCGGCCAAAGUCUGUCACAGACAACCUCGGUGUUUUGCCCUCCAGCCGGGCCGGGGGGUUAUUACUCUCAGGCUGCUGGUCCCGUGUAUCAGCAACCUCCUGUGCCCCCGGCCCCCUUUGCGGCUUAUGCUCCCUCUCCCGCUCCCCGCUCCCGCUCCCGCUUCCCAUCUCGCUCCUCCACCACCUUCACCUCCCGCUCCUGUUCUCCCUCCCGCUCCCGUUCUCCCUCUCGCUCCCCAUCUCGCUCCACCUCCCUCUUCCGAUCCCCAGAUCCCAACUAG